AUGAGCAGUGCUCAUGAUACGACAUCUCGCGAUCAUUGGUCGUUGUAAGGCAACACUGCUUGCUUGAGUCGUGUUAGAAUUGUCAGUGAUUACUAGAAUGGUCAGGAAGUGAGCAUGUUUUUUAAUCCUGUUUUGAAAGUGUUCGAAAUAUUACGAGAAUAGUGUUUAGUGGCUUAUGCGUCGGAUGUCCCUUAAAUAACUCGUAGACAUUACUCGUUUACCAUGAACUUGUUAUUAUUGUAGUUUACAUUGUAUAACAACUAGUACCUGCAGCUAUGUUCAACUUUUACACGCGAUAAGCCCGCGUGGCACGAAUUAAUAGUGAAACCAAAUGUUCCUUAUCGAUAAUUUUUUCGUUUUAUCGUCAUUUUUAAGUUUAUAAUCGUAGUAAUUGUACAAAAACAUACACAAUAAAUAUUAAGAUCUCUCGAAGAUUUGUACAAGUGGAGAAAUCUCUUAUAAUUCCGAGUUCAUGUUUCAAAGGAAUUUUACAAAGCGAUGAAAUAAGCUGAGAGGAUGGCUCGUCACGGCAGCGAAAGGUCCUUGCAUUCCCCGCAAUCGAUGCAUCCAGGAGACUCGGUCUCUGUAAACAGCACUAACGAAUCACCCACGACGGAAUUAGCACUGUCAGAGUCAGCGACAUGUACUGACAACAGUAACAGCACGAUCAAGGUCAAUGCCGAUAACAACGUGGUCUACACGACAGGAAGUAUACCGGGUACCGUUCCAUCACCCUCGGCAUCCUCGGCAUCCUCUCCGUUGGAUUCUCGUAUUCCACGUCCCUCACCUAUAGGUUUGCGUCGCUCCGUUAGUAUGCGCAUGCGUGGUGAACGAGUUUCACCGAAUCACCCACCACCACCACCCAGUACCGCGGUCACCGCGGCUCUGAGCAGAUCCUAUCAACAGUGUCGUCGCUUCAACUUCCUGCACCAUCAGCAACACCAUCACCUGGACCAUCGCAUUUUUCCCGUCAUCACGGAGAAUGGAACCGAAUCACCCAGACAACGAUCUCUCAGCCUUUCAUUGACCCCGGCGAGGCCGCGCCCUGGACAUGCGGCCUCCGGAGGAUCAAGCACUGGAAUUGCCGAUGACAGUGACGCGGAAAGUGUAAAAAGUUACGGAAGUGCCUGCAGUACCGCAAGCGCCUGUGACCAUGCUACAUUUGCUCUCAACGGUACUACGUGGUCUGGUAGAUCACGAAAGUACGUUGUUCAUUGUUCAAACCAUACAGGUGAUAAUGAACAGUAUCUUACGCCUACCCAAAGAGCAGCUAGACAAGUUAGAAAAUUUCAGGCUUUAUUAAAGGAAGCGCGAAAAGAAAUUGAAGAGAAGGAUCAGGAGAUCUUUCGACUAACGAAGGAAGUAGUGGAACUAAGAUUAUACAAAGCUUCCCUAAAUAGUCCAGAUGAAAGAACGGAUAGUAGCGAUGCUCUCACCGUGCGAGAAAACAAUCCUUUUUCACCAGAAUCUCCAAGUAAGGAUUUACCAGAUGAAGGUACACUACAGAAGAUCACAAGUCCUGAAACUCCAGAGAAACGUGCCCCAUCUGACCUACCUUCCUCUCUUGCGGACUCGGGUCAUUUUGAAGACGGAUCCGUCCAUUCGAAAGAUUCUGUAUAUAUACCAGAAGUGCAACGAGAAAGUAUUCAUGUUACUACAACGCCUAAUACAAUUCCCGAAAGCAACACUUCCGAUACAUUUAUAAGAUCAGUUACAGAAACACCAGAAAGAGAUGAAGAGAGACGCAAGUUGGUGAAUCUUUAUGAAAGUAGAAUUGAAGAAAUGCAUCGUAGACAUAUUGAUGAACUUCAAGAACUGAAGCAAAAACAUAAUGACAAGGUAGAGAGUUUACUGAAUCAAUUGGCUGAAGUUAAUACACGUUACUGUGAAGUAAGACCUUCUGUUGAUGCUGCAGAAGCACGUGCUCGUGAAUUAGAAGUGGAAUUAGAAGCUGUGAAAACGGAGCUUUCUGAGCAAAAAGCUUUGUUAAAUGAGCAAGAAGAAAGAAAUAAACAAAUGUACCUGAGAAUGUAUACCAAAGGUCAGGAAGCAGCGCGACUGGAACAAGCUGAUCAGAUAUAUGAACAUGCACAUCAAUCACCACCGAAGGUUACUGUUGCAGAACUACUUCAACAAUUAACAAUUACACAAGCAGAAUUAGAAAAUAUCAAGGACACGAGCUACUCGCCUGAACCUCACAUUUCAGCCGAUCGUAGCCAAAGUUUAUUAAGUGCUCAGGAGGCUGUUUCUCUCUGGGUCCUUGGCACACGUAAGGCAAUGUAUCGACGUAUCAUAGAAGCACGAAAUAACCAAGGUGCCCUUGAUCCAGAGAUCACGUUGCAGUUCCUAAAAUCGGCGAUUUACUAUUUCUUAACGGAUAAAGAAAAUCAUCAUGGGCAUUUGAAUGCAAUUGAAAGCAUUUUAGGAUUUACAGAAAUUGAAAAGCACAACAUUGAUAAAAUAUAUCGAUCAACGAGAAAAUAAUAUUUAAAAUUUUUUAUUUGUUAAAUAGUUCAGUUGAAAUAGUCACAAAAUCUUGAGACAAUUUAAUGUGAAUUUUUCUUAUUGAAUGCCAAUUGAAGAAUAUAUGAUUAAGUACAAAUUUUAUUUAAUCUGGAUGUUGUUCCAAAUUAAUCCAUAUAAAUUAUGAGUUACAUAUAAUAACAAUAUUACUAUAUAUAUUACUAUAUAUUUUUUUAUAACUGACAAUGUGAAAUUCUAUUCCAUUAGUAUAAAACAUUUGUAUCAUGUAUUUU